ACACGGCGUUCCAUUUCGAAACAACGCGUCACUUCCUGUUACAAUCCUCAACACAGCCGAACCAUAUAAGCUAAUCAACUGUAGCUGCUUUUGGUGAACAAAUGUUAAUGUGUCGUAGAUACUGAUCAACAAUAAUGAUUCCAUACACUGUCAACAUCAAACUCGCGGCUCGGACGUUGACUGGCACUCUCAAUUUACAGAAUAAAACCGCCGUAGAUUGGGGUUGGCAGGGCCUGAUAGCUCAAGGAUGUCACUCCAGUAUUCUCAUCAUCGAUCCAAAGACGGCCCAGACCAUCCAGGUGCUGGAGAAGCACAAAGCUAAUGUUGUCAAGGUGAAAUGGUCCAGGGAAAACUACUACCACAACGUGAGCUCUCCCUACUGUCUGCGGCUGGCUUCGGGUGAUGCCUCAGGAAAGAUCAUAGUGUGGGAUGUGGUCAGCGGCACGGCUCACUGUGAGAUCCAGGAGCACUCCAAACCUAUCCAGGACUUGGAGUGGCUGUGGAAUCAAGAUGCGUCUCGCGAUCUGCUCUUGGCAAUCCAUCCUCCCAACUACAUCGUUCUGUGGAACGGAGACACAGGCACCAAGCUGUGGAAGAAGAGCUACGCUGAGAACAUCCUCUCCUUUUCUUUUGAUCCCUUUGACCCCUCCAACAUGGCGUUGCUGACCAGUGAAGGGAUAGUCUUUAUCACAGACUUUACCCACUCCAAGCCACCAGGCAGUGCUGGCAAAAAAGUCUACAUCGCCAGCCCCCAUGCAAGCCCCGCCCACACCAAACCAGCGCCUGCUGCUGCUCCGGCCCCCACCGGCGCCAAGAAGGCCCUUAACAAGGUCAAAGUGCUCAUCAUCAAUGAAAAACCCACUGCGGAGGCGGUGACGUUGAACGACUGUCUCCAGCUGUCCUACCUGCCAUCCAAGAGGAACCACAUGCUGCUACUUUAUCCCCGAGAGAUCCUCAUCCUGGACCUGGAGCUCAGCCAGACGGUGGGCGUGGUGGCCAUCGAACGCUCUGGGGUGCCCUUCAUUCAGGUGAUUCCCUGCGCUCAACGGGACGCUCUCUACUGUCUCCAUGAGAAUGGUUGUAUCACUCUCCGAGUGUGUCGCUCCACUACCACUCAGGAAGAAGCAGCAGACCCUGAGCAGAGUGUCCACGAGCUCGUCUACGACCUGCGUUCUCAGUGCGAUGCCAUCCGAGUCACAAAGACGGUCCGGCCAUACCGCAUGGUCGUCUGCCCUGUCAAUGAAAACAACGCUGCGCUGAUGGUCAGCGAUGGAAGAGCUAUGCUGUGGGAGCUCAAAGCCCACACCGCCAAGGCUGCUGCCAAUCCUAGUUCGGGUCUGUCACCGCUCUACUCCCCUGUGUCAUUCUGCGGAGCUCCACUGGGUCCAAACCAGAAAAGGAUUCAGGAUCUCUCCCUCAACAGCAUGAUCGGUCAGACCUUGAUUCCAGGUGAGGCUCCUCCACCAUCCUCCAACCAGCAAGAGGUCCAGUUGAAGUUCCUGCUGACUGGCCUGCUGUCUGGACUGCCGCUGCCGCCGUUUGCUAUCCGCAUGUGUCCACCUCUUACCACCAAAAACAUCAACCACUACCAACCCCUGCUGGCUGUAGGCACCAGUAACGGCUCUGUACUGGUCUAUAACCUUACCAGUGGUCUUCUGCACAAAGAACUCAGUGUCCACUCUUGUGAAGUCAGGGGGAUUGAAUGGGUGAGUCUCACCAGUUUCCUCUCCUUUGCCACUUCUUCUCCAAACAACAUGGGCCUGGUGCGAAAUGAGCUGCAGCAUGUCGACCUUCCUACUGGCAGAUGCUUUGCGUUCAGAGGCGAGCGAGGCAACGAUGAGCCACCCAUUGAGAUGAUUAAAGUGUCGCAUCUCAAACAGUACCUGGUGGUUGUGUUCAGAGACAAACCCCUGGAGCUGUGGGACAUCAGGACGGGGACACUUCUCCGGGAGAUGGCUAAGAACUUCCCCACUGUUACUGCCCUGGAGUGGUCCCCAUCCCACAACCUGAAGAGCCUAAAGAAGAAGCAGAUGGCAGCGAGGGAGGCCAUGGCUCGGCAGACGGUGUCAGAUGCAGAGCAGAGCAGCGUUGAAUCCUCAGUCAUAAGUCUCUUGCAGGAUGCAGAGAGCAAGUCAGAGACCAGCCAGGCCAUCUCAGCCAGGGAGCAUUUUGUAUUCACUGACACAGACGGGCAGGUCUACCACAUCACCGUCGAGGGCAACACAGUCAAAGAUGGUGCACGAAUUCCCCCUGAUGGUAGUAUGGGCAGUAUCGCCUGCAUUGCCUGGAAAGGUGACACCCUGGUGCUCGGGGACGUAGAUGGCAAUCUCAACUUCUGGGACCUCAAAGCUCGUUUGUCUAGGGGAAUACCAACACAUCGUGGCUGGGUGAAGAAGAUUCGCUUCGCUCCAGGUAAAGGCAACCAAAAGCUGCUGGUCAUGUACACAGACGGAGCAGAGGUCUGGGACACCAAAGAGGUUCAGAUGGUUAGCAGCAUGCGGAUCGGUCGCAACGUGAACUACCGCAUCCUAGAUAUUGACUGGUGCACAUCAGACAAGGUCGUGCUGGCCUCUGAUGACGGCUGCAUCCGAGUGCUGGAGAUGGCCAUGAAGUCUGCCAGCUACCGCAUGGAUGAGCAAGACCUGACAGAUCCAGUGUGGUGUCCUUACCUGCUGGUGCCCCGAGCUGCCCUCACUCUCAAGGCUUUCCUCCUGCUGCAGCCCUGGUCGGGAACCUUCACCAUGGACAUCACUCAGGUAGACUACAAUGAGAAAGAUGAGAUAAAAGGCCUGAUCCAGGAGCAGCUCAACUCCUUGUCAAAUGAUAUGAAGAGUGUGCUGCUAGACCCGGAGCUCAGCCUGCUUCAGCGCUGCCUCCUGGUCUCACGGCUCUUUGGGGACGAGUCAGAUCUUCACUUCUGGACAGUGGCGUCCCACUACCUCCAGGCGUUUGCCCAGGCUCGUCAGCUAAGUGUAUCGAGUGCAGAGGGACAGACACAAAGUGACGCAACCCAGCCACCACCUCAGAACCACCUGGACAUCUGCCAUGACGUCCUGUGUGAGAGCUCUUACUUCCAGAAGUUCCAGUUGGAUCGGGUCCACCUGCAGGAGGUGAAGCGCUCCAGUUAUGAACACACAAAGAAAUGUGCUGACCAACUCCUCCUGCUGGGUCAGACGGAUCGGGCAGUACAGUUACUGUUGGAGACGAGUGCAGACAACUCCAGCUACUACUGUGAUUCACUCAAGGCUUGCUUAGUGACCACCAUCACCUCCUCAGGACCGUCACAGUCCACCAUCAAACUAGUGGCCACUAACAUGAUCGCCAACGGCAAGCUAGCAGAGGGAGUACAGCUGCUGUGUUUGAUUGACAAGGCAGCGGAUGCUUGCCGCUACUUGCAGACCUACGGGGAGUGGAACCGUGCUGCCUGGCUGGCUAAGGUGCGUCUGAGCCCAGCAGAGAGCUCAGAUGUGCUGAAGCGGUGGGCAGAGCACCUGUGCUCCCCGCAGGUCAACCACAAGUCCAAAGCCAUUCUGGUGCUGCUUUCCCUGGGCUGCUUUUACAAAGUAGGAGAGAUGCUCCACGGUAUGAGGCAGUUUGAUCGCGCCGCCCUCUUCAUCGAAGCCUGUCUGAAGUACGGGGUGAUGGAGGCCAACGACACUUCCAAUAAACUCAUCGAGGCUGCGUUUUUGGAGUACGCGCGGCUGCUGCGCUCUCUGGGCCUGAGGGAGGGCGCUGCUCUGUGGGCAUCUCGGGCCGGCAGUGCUGGGGAGCAGCUGAUGGAGGAGCUGUUCCAGGGAGAGGGAGGCGUGCCAGAAGCCAUUCUUGGCAGCGAGGAAGUCGAGCUGGGCCAGGAGAGCACCGAGUGACCCCGGAGAGGGGAAGGGUUGGAAGAGAGCGGGGACCACAGUAUUUGGUCGUCCAUUAAAGUCCAGCUUCUGUAACCAUUGCUAAAUGAACUCUUCAGGAGAAUGAUGAUCGUCUCCACAUCAUGAGAAGAGGGGAGAUAGGAGGAGUUUCCUACAUGUGAAGUCCGUCACUGCAGUCACCUUUGUCUGUGGCUGUAAUGACAUGUUGUAAUGUUUGGUAUGACCAGUGUGUGUUUGUGUGCAUAUGUGUAUGCAUGUUACAGCCCCAAAAGAAACACACUUGUGAAGUAAUGCACAUAUUGGUAUCGGUCUAUGUUUUCUGUUGGUUAAUUAAUUCAGCUUGUUUGAUUUUUCUUUUUCUUUUUUUUUACACUGUUGCUUGUUCAGCUUUAUUUGGUUUGCCUGUAUUAAUAACGUCAAAGCACUGUUGUAGCUCUACAGGUUUAAAUUGCCUCUUUGCCACUGAGAUUAUCCGUGGCAGAAUGAAUUGAGAUGAAACAUUCCUUAUUUAAUUUACUACUCCAUGACUGAAUUCCGAAUUAAGUUUAUUUGCACUCUUGAUUGAACCAAAAACCACAUUAUUUGGAUGAUAACUCUCGAUUCCUGAGACACAGCACAGCUCCAGACAGGCUCUCGGCAGGCUUGAUGUUUGAUCCAUAGCAGGUGGUGCUGUAUAAAUGACUGACCAAAGCCUGCUGCUGCACACGCCCCUGCAGCUGUAACAGUUGGACGGCUGUAAAAUUAGUAAGCCUGGCCACCCUGCACUUAUUAGACGCUUAUUAGUAUAUUAUCUCCCUGCACACAGAGACGGGAGAGGAAUCUGACCGCCGCCACAUGAGUGAUGCCAUUUAAUUAGCGCGUGUAGAGUUCAGUGCUGUUAAAUGGAUGCUGGUUGUUCAUUAAUCCAUUCCAUUAAUCCAAUUUGGAAUUUUUAAUUUUCUACUUUUAUGAAGACUUGAGAGGAUACUUUGCUCUCUGUGCUCUUUGAUGUUUGUAUAAUGAGGUUUUUCUCUGGCUUGUGUGUGUGUGUGUGUGUGUGUGUGUGUGUGUAAGUUUGAGUGUGUGUUACAGGGAGAGCUGUCAAAAUAUAUUGUAACUCAUGACGGAUCAUUUACACACAAACAAUAAUCUGUGCUGCUCCCACUGUUGCUCAUUACAAUCACAAAGCCCGGCGCGCAGUUAAGGAAAUGAUUAGUACUCGCCGCCGUCUCUCCUCUGCUCUGCUUUUGCCUGAUCUUUACACUGUAAAUAUCUACCGAUCGUUGAAAUUGCCCAUGUGACAAUACAAAGACGUGAUAGUGUGUUGAAUUACAUCGUGGCGUGUUCGUGACGGUGACUCCAUCCAUGGGGACCCUUCUAGUGUGUCAUUGUGUUUCAUAAACACGUCAGUGCUGUUCUGUUUUUACAGUUCAACCCCCCAACCCCCCCCCAAAGGCAGUGUCACUAUGGCAACCCAGGCCUAUUUCAGGGGGCUAGAUGUUGUUCCUAUAGAUCUAUUUCACACCGCUCCACUGACAUACUGUAGGGUGUCAUAGAAAGCCAGCAUGGAGUCACACAACCCAGCAGAUAAUCAGCUGUAGUUUACUUACUUGCUCUGUGUCCUCCUCCAAUCGUGUCCUGCAGUAUUGUGGAAGCAACAUGUACUGUACUGCCUCUUGAUGAUUAGGCACUAGUUUGAAUAACACUUGCUGCUUUUCUUUUCCGUACUUAGUUCAACUAAACUGAGUUUAGCCUUUUUUCAUUGUUCUCUGUUCAUUGUUUACACAGUGAUCCUAAUGCUUUAAGCUAUAUAAAUAUGACAAGUGGAAAAAAAAGUUAUAUGUAUAUAUGGAUGGCAAUAAAAUCAAUAUUACUGACUUUA